AUGGAAUUUGAACGUCGUCUUGGUCCUUAUCUGUCAUGCCAUCGAGAGCCAACAUAUGGAUGUGAAAAACCCUGUGGCUCAUGGGUAUAUUCACCCAAAUCGAAUAUUCACAUCACUAGAGACCGCGAAUGGUUUGAGGACGAUUAUAUGGCUUUCAGCAGCAUCAUUUACCAUUCACGUCAUAAGCCUUGGGAUAAUGCAGAAGAUCUAACAAAGCGUGGAGAGGAGCCGGACCCUGAGGACUUCUCUUGGGCCCACGGUGUCGGUACUGUCAAACUCAAGACUAAGCGCUCCCCCAACAAAAGCGGUGGGCGCAAUCGCGGCGAGAUCAUAUUAAAGAACGUCAUCUUCGCGCCAGACUACAUUUGCAACAUCAUUGGCGGAAAUAUCACACAGGAUGGUUACGUGGUUGAAGUCGACUAUAACUAUACCAACCAGGUACGGGACCCUUCGGUUGACAUCGGCGAAAAGCCUUGGUUGGAAGAAGAGCUACAAUGGCUCAAAGACGAUGGACAUGACCCCGACGAACACUUUGAGACUUUUAAGAAACACUACGCUGAAAAAGGACCCCAGUAUGCAAAAAAAGCUGACAGUGAUUUGAUGAUAGUCGUUUUUAGAGACAAAUUGCGCACGCUGUGGGUAAAGAAUCCGUUCCAGCAGCACUUUGACCAUCACCGGGGAUACCGUGAGUCAGACGACUACGAGUGGGCAUUUUCGGCUGCUCAGAUAGAUUUCGUGAGUAAAACGUGGGGGAAAACCAUGCAUUUUAUGAAUAUGUUUGGGUACAAGAGCGGCUGUGAGGAUGACUGUAUGAUGGCGGCGGUGCAUGUCAAGGAUUUGAUGAGGGAGGAGGGGCUUGAGGUCUCUAGUGAGGAUGAUAUGGGUGAGGAUGGAAGUGGGUGGGAGGAUACGGAUGAGGACAUGUGUGAAUGUGAGCAUGAUAAGUGCGAGUGCGUUGGUGGUAUUGACUAA